CUGGGGUGAUGUAACGGGCAUCCUCAUGGGGCAGCCCUCACCCAGUCACGUGUGGGGGAUCCUGGAGAUACUGGGGUCCCAUCUCCCUUUGCCUGUCCUCCUCUAGGAGGAGGCCUGUGCCUCUUCCCCCGGCAGCCGCCUGGCCCGGCAGAGGAUGGAGCUUGGCAGGUCAAUGCCAGCCGACCUGAAGCUCCACAAGCCCUCACAGCGGGCCAGGAUUCCAGCGUCCUUCUUCACCCACCCGGAUGGGGUGGCGGAGCCAGCAGACACCUCCGGGCUGGACCCCGCAGAGACAGAUGCAGACUCUCUUGUGCCUACACAUGACGAGCAGGGCCACCUCAUACCUGAGUGGAAGCGGCAGGUGAUGGUGCGGCGGCUGCAGGCCCGGCUGGCAGACGAGGAGGCAAUGGGCACCCAGGACGAGGGCUCCUGGCACUUCUCGUCCUCCCGCCAGGCCUUGCUGGGCCCCUUCGGGGAGCUGCUGACAGAGGCAGACCUGCAGCAGCUGGAGUGGGCGGUGGAGAGCCUACGGCUGCGGCGGCGGGGCGAGGUGUACCAGGGUGAGCUGCGGCGCCUGGCGCGGGAGCUGCGUGCCCUCCUGCCCGCCCCGCUGCUCAGCAUCACUGUGCGCAGCCCGCCGCCUGCCCCCGGGCUACCCCUGCCGCUCUGGUGCGGCCGCCUGGCAGGCGCCGUCAGCAGCCUGACCGCGCUGCUGGCCCAUGCAGAGGGGGCACGGCCCGGCUCCCCCGCCGCCGCAGCUGCCGUUCCCCCCGCCGCCGCUCACGGGCAGCCCCGGGAGCCGACAGGCAGCCUGGCGCAGCGGGAGAUUCGGCAGUGCGGGGUCUGUGUCCGCAGCCUCCGCGGCGCCUUCGAGCCCGCGUGGAGGGCGGCAUCGGGGAAGGCGGCCGGGGGGAGCGGCGUGGAGGCCGCCAGUGACUCGGGCAUUAGCUGCGAGGAGGCAUUUUCCGACGGCGGCGGCUCCACGGUGCCGGGGCCGGAGUGGAGCAGCCUGAGGAAGGAGCGAAUCGUGAUGCUCUUCCUGAGCCACUGGAGACGGUCCGCCUACGGGCCCGCCCCGACGGCAGCCGGGGACCCCCGGGAGACAGCGGGGACCGGGGACGGGGCAGCAGCCCGCCUGGCGCGGCAGAGGGCGGCCAUCCAGCGGCUUCUGGGCGGCUGGAGGGACGCGGCCUCCCGCCGCCCCCCGCCCCCGCCGCCCCCCGCCGCCGCCUGCGCCCCGCUCUCCCCGGAGCAGUUCGUAGCCAGGCCGGGGGGGGGGGCAGCCGACUAUGACAGCCUGUCCCUGGAGCUCUUCAUGCUGGGUUAUUUCCGCAUCCUUGAGCAGGAGCUGCCCCCCGAGGAGCGCCGCGGCCGCCACCUCCUCUGCUUCGAGGUCUUCGAGCAGCUGGGCCGGCACGGCUGGCGGGCGGUGCGCUCCUUCCACCGCGCCGUCACCGACGAGAUCGCUGCCGGCCGACGAGGCUGGCUGGAUGGCUUCGAUGACAUCAAGGCCAGGGACACCCUCGCCAAGCUGCGCUUGGGCUCUGUCUGCCAGCAAGUGUCCACGGCCAUCCCCAGCAGCAUGGUGAGGAAUGUGGAUGACUUCGACUUCUGCUUGCCUUCACACGCCCAGGGUGUGCUGGAGGGGCUGCAACGGCUGCGCGCCAACCCCAAACUGGCGGAUGUGACACUGCUGGCGGGCGGACGGGAGUUCCCCUGCCAUCGCAGUGUCCUGGCCCUCUGCAGCCACUACUUCCAUGCCAUGUUCUCUGGUGACUUUGCGGAGAGCAUUGCAGCACGGGUGGAGCUGAAGGAGGUGGACUCCAGCGCGCUGGAGAUGCUGCUUGACUUCGCCUACACGGGGAAGGUGACCAUCAACCAGGGCAACGUGGAGGGGCUGAUGCGGACUGCCAGCCAGCUCCACUUCCCCACUAUCCAAAAGGUCUGCAGCCGCUACCUCCGGCAGCAGAUGGACGCCACCAACUGUUUAGGUAUCUGUGAGUUCGGUGAGAGCCACGGUUGCCCUGAAGUCUCCUCCAAGGCCUGGGCUUUCUUGCAGGAGAACUUUGAAGCUGUGUCUCAGCAGGAGGAGUUCCUCCAGCUCUCCAAGGAGAGGCUGGCCACCUAUCUCUCCAACAAGCAGCUGCAGGUGCAGGAGGAGCAGAGCCUGGCCGAGGCUGUGCUGCGCUGGGUGCGUCAUGAUCCUGGGCCCCGAGCCCAGUUUCUGCCAGAGCUGCUGGAACUCAGUCACCUCGUCUCACUGCCUGACCAGUACCUGCAGAACCUGCUUGCCACUGAGCCCCUCGUUCGUGAUUCAGAUGCCAGCAAGGCUCUAGUUGCCCGAUCCUGCACCAGGGGGCAGAGAGAUGCCGGGGCCCAGAACCCCCCAAGCCCACCACAGAAGCUGGAGGAGGUGCUGGUGGUGGUUGGUGGCCGUGUGCUGGAGGAGAGCGAGGAUGAGGAUGGGGGAUUGCGCAUGCCAGCUGCCCCCAGGAACUUUGCCUUCUACAACCCCAAAAGCAGGCAAUGGAUGGCUCUGCCUGACUUCCCUGAUUACAACAAAUGGGGCUUUUCCCUGGUGGCUCUGAACAACGAUGUGUACGUCACAGGUGGCUCACGGGGCUCCCAGAACGACACGUGGUCAACGACCCAGGCCUGGUGCUUCUGCCUUAGGGACGGCGCCUGGAAGCCCAUCGCUCCCAUGCUGAGAGCCCGGACAAACCACACCAGCGCUGUCCUCAAUGGUGAGAUCUACGUCAUCGGGGGGACGACAGUGGAUGUGGUGGAGGUGGAGCGUUACGAUCCCUACAACAAGAACUGGUGUGGAAUCAGCCCAGCCCUCAAGUACGUGAGCAAUUUUGCGGCCGCCAGCUGCUUGGGCAAGCUCUACCUGGUGGGCUCCUGUGCUGUCAAGUACAAUGCGCUCACCCUCCAGUGCUACAAUCCUGUCCAAGAUUUGUGGAGUGUGAUCACGUCCCCCUUCAUCCCCAAGUACCUCUCAGCCCCGCGCUGCGCCACCCUGCACGGGCUCAUCUACCUCAUCGGGGACAACACCAAGAAGGUCUACGUGUACAGCCCAGAGGCCAACAUCUGGCAGAAGGUGCAGCUCCUGCACACGCUCCAUGAGAAUGGUGGGAUGGUACCUCUGGGCGAACGGCUUUUUGUCACUGGCGGCCACUGGAAGGGCAUGGAUGGAGACUACCGUGUGGAGAUGGAGGUGUAUGACUGUGCCAAGGACCUCUGGACGUGGGAGGGCUCCCUGCCCUGCCUCUGGCUCUUCCACAGCUCCUCCUCCAUCUUCAUGGACACCUCCAAGUGGACAGAGGCUUUCCAGGGUGACCACAGGUGGUAGGAGAGCCUGCGGCGUCACCUGUCACGCUGCACAGCUGCUCUGCCCUCUUGUCUGUCUCCUUGCUGCCAGUUCAGCUGCGCAGGGGGGAGGUGGAAACCCCUUUGCAAGGCUGGCUGCAGCAUCAGGAGUGCGUUCUGUCCCUCACCACCACUGUGGAGAAAAGCCUUUUCCUUUUAAACACA